GCAUACAGUGUAAAGGCAUUAGCUACUUCAGAAGAAUAUAAUUUGGAAGCUUUAGUACAAGGUCUCACUGAGCAAAAGCUAUAUAUGCCUAGCAGCAUAAAUACAUCAACUAGCUGUUUUAUCUAAACAUCCACAUUAAGGAACUAUGAAUACAAUGCUUAGUUUACCUUCUAAAAAAGAAACUGAAGAGUUGAUAGAAAAAGCAAAAGAUUGGGCACUUAUGCAUGGAGUAUGUAUGAGGUCAAAACAGAAAUUGAAUAAAAAUGUUUUACAAUUUGCCCCAUUUAUCUUGAUGCCAUCUCCAUUUCCUAAAAAAGAGUUUGAGAAUGCUUGUCAAAUUCAAAUAGUAUUAAAUAUACUUAUACACAGAGUUGCUCAAGAUUACAAUUUUUUAAAGGAAACUUUAGAAGAAAUAGUUAAAGUUGAUAAUUUUACUGAGAAGUUAUUUGAAAUUUGUAAAAUUAUAAACAGCGAAGGAGGAUCUGCACAGAAAGUAUCUCUUGGUAUAUUACGUUCAGACUUAAUGUUGGAUACAACUUGUUCACAAAAAGAUAUGAUUAAAAAAUGUUUGCCUUAUUGUUGUUGGAAACAAGUUGAAAUAAAUACAAUUGCAUCUGGCUUUGGUUGGUUAGGACCUGCUUCAACUGAAUUACAUAAAUUUGUGUUAAGAGAGCUUGGUUAUCACAAAGAAAUAAAAAAUCUUCCAGAGAAUAAUGCGUUGCAAAUAAUAUGUACAAGUAUGAUUAAAGCAUGGAAGAUAUAUGGAAAUGAACAAGCAGUAAUUUUAUUUGUUGUUGAAGAUGUUACAUAUAAUAUAUGUGAUCAACGUUUCCAUGAAUUUGAAAUUAGGAAACAAAAUCCAAAUGUCAGAGUCAUUCGAAGAAAUUUAACACAAUUAGCAGCUACUGCCAAAUUGGAUUCUAACAAAGAAUUGAUAGUGGACAAUUAUAUUGUUUCUGUAGUCUACUACAGAUCUGGGUAUGAGCCUGGACAAUAUCAUACACAAAAAGAAUGGGAUGUAAGAUUAUUAAUCGAAAGAUCACUAGCAAUUAAAUGUCCUACUAUACAGUAUCAUUUAGCAGGAACUAAAAAAGUUCAACAGGCACUUGCAAAGCCAGGUGUAAUUAGUAGAUUUUUAAAAAAUGAAAAAACAUGUGCAGAGAUCAAAGAAAUAUUCACUGAACUUUAUGCAUUAGAUUUUGAUGAACAUGGAGAUGCAGCCAUAGAAAUGGGAAUUACAGAUCCACAUCGUUUUGUAUUAAAACCUCAACGGGAAGGAGGUUGCAAUAACAAAUAUGGAUUAGAUAUAAAACAUUUUCUAGAAUCUGUAAAAAAUAAGAAGGACAGAGUAGCUUGGAUUCUUAUGGAUAAAAUUCAUCCACCAAUUCAUAAGAAUUAUAUGAUUAGACCUGAUAAUAGUAUCAGUAUAGAACCCCAAGAAUUAGUUUCUGAAUUAGGAAUAUUUGGUAUUAUAAUAGCAAAUGGAAAUGAUAUAUAUGUUAAUAAGCAAAGUGGUCAUAUGUUACGGACAAAGUUAGCUACUGCUAAUGAGGGUGGUGUUGCAACAGGGUUGGCUUUACCAGAUGUUAUACAUGCUGUGGCAAAAUAUGAAGUAAAUCAUGAACCCAGAGAAAUUUUCUUUUUUCGAGAAGGUACUAUAGUGAUGUGGAAUAUUUCUGAAUUUGAAUGUGAUAAUAUAUUAAAAUUUUUAAAAAAAUACGAACAAAAUCGUUAUACGGAAUAUGUCGUAAAAUCUGAAAGCGAAUUAAUGUGUUACGGUUAUGCAGAUUAUGGAAAAAGAAAUCACAUAAAGGAUGGUAACAUUAUUUUGGAUUUAAAUGCAACAAAGUUAGACAAAUACACAUUUUCAAAUGCAAUGGCACAGUCAGUCAAGUUAGGUAUAUGGGAAGCAUCUUUAGAUCAUUAUAUAGAUUCCAUAGAAUUUGUUACUGAAGAUUUGAAAGCUGGUAAAAAGCUGAGAAUGACUCAACAUGAAGUAUUAAAGAAACAAGGGAAAUUAUUUGCUUUGCGACAUUCAAUUAAUUUGAGUUCAGAUUUAUUAGAUACUCCAGAUUUCUAUUGGGAAAGAGAAAAUUUAGAACGUCUUUAUCAAGAAACUUGCUCGUAUUUUAACAUUGCAAAACGCACAAGAGUAAUAAACGAAAAAUUAAAUCAUUGCGUCGAACUAGUGGGAAUUUUAGCAACGCAUUUAAGUGAUCGUCAUCACCUUCGUUUAGAAUGGAUGAUUAUUGUUCUUAUUAUGGUCGAAGUCAUUUUUGAAAUAUUACAUUACGUCGAAAGGUAUCUUUCGUAAUAUAUAUUAUUAGGUAUUUAAUAUUUAUUUAAAAUAUAAGAUAAUU